AUGGAAGAAGGUAAAGAGACUGAGAAAUACUCAAUAACCACGCUCCCACAGGAGCAGCUGAAGCAGUACAAGGAGAUGUUUCUAGAGGAGAAUGUGCAUAUUUAUUGUACAAUAUUCCAGGAGGACAUUGUGCUGGAUAUGCUGGGCAAGCACGCUGCGCCUGAGAACGCGCAGGAGAAGUCCUUGGGAGACGCGCUGUCAAGGAUGAUCGACAUAUUCAUAAACCUUCUGAGGGGCAUCAGCACCAGAAAGCCAUAUAAAAUGAAAAUGGUGAGCACAAAAUACAGAUUCAGCACAGCGCAGGCGCAGGUGCAGGUGUCUGCCGACCUGGAGGCGCUCAUGGGCGUGCUUGACGUGAUAGACAUAUCGCAGUAUCCGGAGCUGUUCAGGCAGAGUGCGUCUGCCGCAGAGGUGAAGGUACUGUGCAAUAACCUGCAGCACAUCACAUUUCCACACAUUUCGCCAGACAUAGACAACUGUCCGGAGGAAAAGCAGAAGAGAAACCGAGAGAUCAUAAGAAUAAUAACGUACAACUUCAAAGAGUUUGAAAUAGAGACUGUGGCUUCGGUCUACAAGCAGGUCCUUAAGUCGAAAAACCCUCUUUUCCCAAGCCAGUACAUAAAGCAGUACAUGGAAAUAGGGAAGGUGGCGUCCACGGAGGAUAAGAUUCUUCUAAGCAAGUUCCUGCUUUUAUUUACAGUCAGCCCGGCCAAGAGAGAGCUUCUGGAGGUGACCUGCAGCUUUUUGUACUCUCUCAUCACCAAAAAGGACAGCCCACUGCGGUUUGAAAACAUUUCUGUUGUUUUCACGCCUAUUUUUUUUAUAGACGACAAGUGCUGCAUAGUUGAUGCAAACUUCAAAGAGGUGCUGGAGCAGCUUCGGGACUUUUUGAAGUUCUUCCUCCAAAACAGCCCGGCCAUUUUUUUAAUGGAGCCGGAGCCCUAG